UACAUCCAACUACUUCAACACGUACUCAAGUACAUCCAACUACUUCAAUACGUACUCAAGUACAUCCAACUACUUCAAUACGUACUCAAGUACAUCCAACUACUUCAAUACGUACUCAAGUACAUCCAACUACUUCAAUACAAGCCACUUACCAGAAUGCACCCACAAUUGGCUCGACAUGUGCACCCCACCUGCCAGGAUGCUAUCGACGCAUUAGAGGCCUGUCACAGAGAGAACUCCUUUAGAAAGUUCCUGGGCGAGUGCAACGAUGCGAAGACCCAGCUUGACCGUUGCUUGUAUGACGAGUACAAAGUGGAGCAAAAGAGGAAUCUGGCUGAGUCUAGAAGGAGGCGUACGGCGUUCAAAGCAAACAUGAAAGAAAGCCAGGAAGCAGGUGAAGAAUAAAGCCCCACGACUGUACAGAGAAGUGCCAUCUUGUGUUCCACGACGCAUUCAAUUAGUAUCGAGCAUGCUGGUCCUAAGAUUUUAUUGUGUAAGGAUGCUGCUUAACAGUGUAGCCGAUUUAUGCAUACUUGCAGCUAGUAAGGUCUAGAAUGGUAUUAAUAUAGACUUUAUACAUUCUUUGGUUGCUAUGUCCGUGUACUUGUAUAGAAGUAUCGAUGGAGCUGAAUAUUCACCUGGCCAGUAUAUGGCUGUGCUAAAGUGGUCGCAACAUGUUUUGCGUUUACAUCAAUGGAAAUGCGAUGGUGAGGUCUUGAUUUAACUACCUGACGAACCGUUGUUCAAUAGUUGUAUGGUCCAGGACCUGAUGGGAUUGAGAUGAAUCUUUUUGCAUCCGCCAACCAGGGCAUUCAGCUCAAUAUUCAAUAUCACACAGGAGGGUGUCCAAAGCAAGUAACUUGUCAUGAUGAGCCAAUAUACUAUAAUCAAAAGCACUUCCGGCUUGGAUAUAUUAAACUAAUAUGAUGCACUCUCUCA